AUGGGACGUCGACCUGCUCGUUGCUACCGCUACUGCAAGAACAAGCCUUACCCCAAGUCUCGGUACAACCGUGGUGUGCCGGACCCUAAGAUCCGUAUCUACGAUCUGGGUCGUAAGAAGGCUUCGGUGGAUGAAUUCCCAUUCUGUGUCCACCUUGUCUGUGACGAACACCAACAGAUUACGUCGGAGGCCCUUGAAGCUGCUCGUAUCUGUGCCAACAAGUACAUGGUGAAGAUGACGGGUAAGGAUGCUUUCCACCUCCGUGUGCGUGUCCACCCCUACCACGUCAUCCGUAUCAACAAGAUGCUUUCGUGCGCUGGUGCCGACCGUCUGCAGACGGGUAUGCGUGGUGCCUUCGGUAAGCCGUACGGACUUGUCGCCCGUGUCAACAUUGGUCAGGUGCUUCUGUCGAUCCGCACGCGUGAUGGCAACCGUCCUCACGCCGUCGAGUCGCUGCGUCGCUCGCGUUACAAGUUCGCUGGUCGCCAGAAGAUUAUCAUCUCGAAGAAGUGGGGCUUCACGGACAUGAGCCGCCAGGAGUACCUCGAGGCCCGUGACAGCCACCGUGUCAUCAAGGAUGGUUGCCACCUGAAGUACAUUACUAACCACGGUCGUGUCGAGAACAACCUCCGCCUCCAGGCCCAGGUUGCUGCCUCGAAGUAA